UCCCUUCGCACGCGCGCACGUAGCCACAGCCCACAGCCCACCCGCUGUCUCCCCUCGCGUCGUCGUCUCCUUCCCCGCGCAGGCGCGCACCACACCCCACCACACACACGCAGGCAGCACCGAGCAGCCCAUCGCGUCGCCUCCAGCGCGGCAGGCCGACCUGCCUCUCCAUUAUUUAUGCAUUUCCGCGUCCCUCACCCUCCGCUUUCCCAAUCCAGCCGAGCACCGCAAUCGCAGGGCACCGGGGGCGAUUAAAAAAGGCAGCCCUCCCCCGCAAAGGUAAAAACAAACAACCACCACCGCAUCGCGGCAGGCAAGGCAUCGCUCGCCAGCCACCGAGCGGAGGGGGGGGAGGGAACGCCAGGGGGGAAGCAAAAGCUUCGAUAAAAAGGAGAGGAGGAGACGAGGCGUGCCGUCCGAACCCAAGCAACUUCCCCCCACCACCUCCCCUCCCCUCCCCUCCCCUCCCCUCCCAUGCCCGCAUCGAGAUCUUAAGCGGGACAGCGAGAGGAGAGGCGACGCGGACGCGGGCGACCCCCGAUCCGUCCUCGCCGCCCGUCGCCGCCGCCGCCGCCGACCGACCGACCGGGGGAGGAGGAGGGGAGGGGAGGACGGACGCCAUGGAGGCCGACUCCGGGAAGCUCUUCGUCGGCGGCAUCUCCUGGGAGACGGACGAGGACCGCCUCCGCGAGUACUUCGGCCGCUUCGGGGAGGUCACCGAGGCCGUCAUCAUGCGGGACCGCAACACCGGCCGCGCCCGCGGCUUCGGCUUCGUUGUCUUCGCCGACUCAGCGGUCGCCGAGCGCGUAACUUUGGACAAGCACAUGAUCGACGGCCGCAUGGUGGAAGCCAAGAAGGCUGUUCCCAGGGACGACCAAAGUAUCGCAAGUAAGAACAAUGGCAGCAGCAUAGGGUCACCUGGACCAGGACGUACUAGAAAGAUCUUUGUUGGAGGCCUGGCUUCAAAUGUUACCGAGGUUGAAUUCAGAAGGUACUUUGAGCAAUUCGGUGUGAUAACCGAUGUGGUUGUGAUGUAUGACCACAACACGCAGAGGCCUAGGGGAUUUGGUUUCAUCACCUAUGACUCAGAAGAUGCAGUGGAUAAGGCUCUGCACAAGAACUUCCAUGAGCUGAAUGGUAAAAUGGUUGAGGUCAAGAGGGCUGUCCCAAAGGAGCAGUCUCCUGGACCAAUUGCACGUUCACCUGCAGGAGGGCAGAACUAUGCUAUGAGCAGAGUUCAUAACAUCCUGAAUGGCUUCAACCAGGGUUACAACCCGAACCCUAUUGGUGGUUAUGGCAUGAGGGUCGAUGGAAGGUACGGUCUCCUUACAGGUGCACGGAAUGGGUUCUCUUCGUUUGGUCCAGGUUUUGGAAUGGGCAUGAACAUUGAAGGUGGAAUGAGUGGAAAUUUUGGCGCAGGCUCUGGUUUCAUCAAUAGCUCCAAUGGGAGGCAAAUAGGUUCUUACUACAAUGGUAGUUCAAACAGAUUAGGUAGUCCUAUUGGGUAUGUUGGCCUUAAUGACGAUUCAGGAUCAAUACUGAGUUCAAUGUCAAGAAAUGUCUGGAGUAAUGGAAAUCUGAACUACACAGGCAACCCUACAAACAUGAAUGCUUUUGCUCCACCUGGAAGUGGCGGAGGUAUUCCUGGUGAUGGUAUUGGUUGGGGAGGUCUUACUUCUGCUCAUGGGAUGGGCAACAUUUCAAACCUUGGGUCGGGAAACCUUGGCCGUGGAACUGGAGAUAACUUCGGCUUGCCUUCCGGCAACUAUGUGAGAAGCAAUUCAACUGGUACCAUUGGCGAGCCAUUUUCUGCAUCAGCCAAUGCAUAUGAAUCGAACAAUCCAGGUGCAUAUGGCAGCAGCUCUAUUUAUGGUGACACAACCUGGAGGUUCACCUCAUCUGAGGUAGACAUGCCUCCUUUUGGUCAUGAUCUUGGAAAUGUCGAUCCGGAUAUCAAAUCGGAAAUAUCAGCAGGUUAUAUGGGCAACUAUACUGUUAAUAAUCAGACAAGCAGAGGUCAGUUGCUAUUUCAACAUUGUUCUAUGAUCUACACAUAGUUUUCCUUUUCUUUUAAAAAGGAAACGUGCUUCCUAAAUAAGUUUGAUGUUCGAAGGGGCUGAAAAACAUGUACAAAGUGCCUCUUUUCGUCAGUUUAGGGAAAAAAUGUAGCUAUUGAAUCUGGAAACGAAAGUUUAAUGGCCUUUCCAUAAGCAGGACACAUAGCGGCACAUGUAAUGGGCCUUUCUUGUGUGACUCUUUAAAUUUCACACGCUACUCAACUACUUCUAUGCACAGUACUUAUUUUGUGAACUCUAUUAGUUUGCGUUAAUCAAAGCUUGUUUCUGUCACCCGUUAUUCCAAAUGCUCUGCUCGACUAACACUCUUUAUUCUACAAUCAUUACCAAAUAUAAGCAAUAAAUCAUGUAACUUUGGCUUGUAUCCUAUUUUCUAUGGCAAGUUGGGACUUGGGACCUAACAAAUAAUUGCUGAUACAUAUAUAAUAUUUUGUUGUUUGAUGUGACGAUGAAAGGCUCGCAACUCAUAUUCAGAGCCAGGAUGGCAGGACACCUUUUUUUUUUCAUGUAGCAUAGUGAGGUUAAGUUACUCUGCUGUCUGUACAUUCAUAUGUGAUUAGUUCAUUUUACUCGGAUACAUGCAGUUGUUUUGAUAUACAACAGCAACAGCAAUGAAAUGUUUUAUGCCUGAUCAAGUUGGCGUAGGCUAGAGAUGAAACCCAACAUGAGCCAAGGGGGAAGAGAAACUUACGUCAAAGAAAAAUACAUCAAUAAUAGUAAUUUUAUUAGGGGAUCUAAAGCCUUGUUUAUGGUUGAGGCACGUGGGUUAAAUCUUGCAGUUAAUUUUGGUAUGAUAAAGUACAAAAUUGAUGCAUGAUGUUUUCGACAAUUUGUUUUGUUCGUAAUUGAUGAUGUUUGAUGUCCAAUUUGGAUAUAAAAAACCCCUGUAAAAUCCCUUUUCUGCCAACCUCAACAUGAUCGUGCCAAUAAUGUUUGUUUUUUGACAUACAGCUUCGAUGUGGCCGAUCCUUAUUGAGUCAGCAUUGUUGGCUACUAAUUUUGACAAGUGACAUAAGUAUCCAAGCUGAAUAUAUAUAUGUAUAUAUAUAUUGACAACUGUAUCUUCUUAUCAAAAAUAAGAAAGAGCCAACUAAACACACACCAUUAGGCAAUAAGACACAGUGCCAACUCUUAUGCUUCCUUUUUCUAUAUUUUCUUGACUUUUGUACUUUUUUUCUCCUUUUCAUUUUUGACAUCAUCACAUAGCAAGGAAACAUGCUAGGCGUAUUUGAUGGAUGUUUUAAAUAUUUAUAAAUUCUUAGUAACAUUCAGUGGUUAUGGGUUGAUCAUAGUUAAAUGUUCAGUAAACUAAAUGCUUCAUGUUUUCCCCUUUUGUGAAAUUUUGUACUAUAAGUCCAUGAAACCAAGGUUCGUACAAUUUUGGUCAGAUUUUCUAGCAUAUUUCCCAUUUACAAUGGAUCAAAAUGCAGAUAUGUAGUGUAAGACUCAUCCAUUUGCACGACACUUGAAGAGUUGCAAAUAUUAAUGGGAAUCAAUGUUUAGACAAGUUGCUGUUCCUAAAAGUUGCGUUGAAGCUACAACACUGUUUUAGAUCAUUUAUAAAUAAAAACUAUCCUGAAUUUUGGAUAGCAUCUCCGUUCUCGCAAUAGGUUGAUCAUAUUUAUAGUUUAUACAAUUACAUACAAGAACAAUGGUGCAGUUAGCUUAGUUGGUGUGUGCCUAAAAAUUACCGGUGAUUCAAGAUUGGAUUAUACACAAAAGCCAUCCGUCGUAUUCUAAUUUCUUCAUAACUGUGAUAUUGAUUUGGGCAGCCAUGCUCACUUGGGGGCUUCAUAUAGAGAUCAUUUGGUCAGUGUAAAUCUCAAUGUGGUGUUGGCAGGAGUUUCUUGUCUUGAAUACAUAAGCCAUCUUCUAUUCUGAACAUUAGCUUGCUUCCACGUCAGUGAUGUAAUACAGUUGUUGUAUUAACUACAAAAUUGGAAUGAAUUUGUUAUUUUUAAAUAAAUUGGAAUUGGGUGCACUGCACAAGUAUUAUGUUGGCAAUAUGAUAUUUAUGAUUUAUCAACCAAUCCGUGCCUGGGAUAUAUACUACUCUUUAUUAUUGAAACCUAUAUUGAGGACAGCUCUAGAACUUUAAAUCUGACUAAAGUUUG